AUGGCCAAGGUCAACAAGCUCCUUCACUCUUCCCGCCGCAAGUCGCGCGCCGCGCACUUCAGCGCUCCCUCCAGCGACCGCCGCACCAUCAUGAGCGCCCCUCUCUCCAAGGAGCUCCGUGAGAAGUACAACGCUCGCUCCAUCCCCAUCCGCAAGGACGACGAGGUCACCAUCGUCCGUGGUGCCAACAAGGGCCGCGAGGGCAAGGUCACCGCCGUCUACCGCCUGAAGUACGUCAUCCACAUCGAGCGCGUCACCCGCGAGAAGACCUCCGGCCAGUCCGUCCCCAUCGGCAUCCACCCCUCCAAGGUCGUCGUCAACAAGCUCAAGCUCGACAAGGACCGUGAGUCCAUCCUCGAGCGCAUCAAGCGCGGCCGCGAGGCCAGCGCCAAGGGCAAGGCCGACGCCUAA